GAAUUUUUCGCCCGUUUCUUUUGGUCGGCGCAUUCUCACGUACACACACGCACCCCACUCGCUCAGCUGCUCGCCGCUGCGUUAUCACUGCAUUGCUUUGUCCACCUUUUCGUACAUGCGUCGAUUUUUCGUCAGUUCGUCAGUCAGUUUUUUUUGUGUUUCUUGCGUGCAGACGCGUUUUCCUCGAGCGGAGCUCUUUCUUUUCAAAUUAAUUGUGUGCCGAAUAAUAUUUAAAAAAAAAACUAAAAGAAUAAUAUUUUUUAAAAAAUAUUUAAUAUAUAUUAGAAGCCAGACGACGCAGACGCCGCCGUCACAAAUGCAGCCAAAUACAGUGAAGCCCGGGCAAUGGACGUUUUGGAUCAGUGCGAAUGUAACGAACGGAAUGGCCGCAGCGCACAAAUAACAUUAGCACAACUACAGUAAACACAGUACAGCCGCAGCACACCGCCUUCACACGCUUUUCUUUAUUUUUUUUCAUUCAAAAAGUUGCAAAAAAAAACGAAAUUCAAGUCAGCAUUAAAAGACGCACAAACAGAAACAGAAACAGAAACCUAAAACAGAAAACACUUUAAACAAAAUAUCAGUGAAUAGCAAUCGAAGCCAUCGUAGAACUUGUCGAAAAAAAUCUCCAAAUCUCUGGCCAUGUUUAACUUUCACAAGCCGCGCGUCUACCGCUCCGCCGACGGGUGCUGCAUCUGCCGCGCCAAGUCGAGCAGCUCCCGGUUCACCGCCUCCCGUAAAUAUGAAAAGGAAUCGAUGCAGUGCUUCAAUCUCCACGAGCCGCGCAACGGCGAGAUCUGCAACGCCUGCGUCUUGCUGGUCAAACGCUACAAGCGCCUCCCGGCUGGCAGCAAACGCCACUGGGGUCACGUGGUGGAUGCCCGAGCUGGUCCCGGUACCAAGUCCCUGGCCAAGCAGAAGAAACGCAGCGAUAACGCCGAUGCCGAGGGCAGGGGCAUGGCCGGCUCGUCGAGCUCAUUCCUGCCGGAGAAGUUCGCCAAGAUCUUUAAGAAGAACCGGAAGGGCAAGAACCCGCCAGCAGGAGUCGAAGCAUCCUCGCAGUCAGCAGUCACCAGUUCCAUUAGCCAGCGUCCCAGCAGCACCUCACCCACAUCCGAGCACCAUCCCAGCGACUCGAACGAGAGCUACGACGACGACGUGUUGAUGUCGGGAGGCGUCCAGGGCACCGCUCCGUAUCAGACACGCAAGCGAACGGCGGCCAAUGCUGCUCUGGCCACGGCCAGCGACGAGCCGAAGGUGAUGAAGCGCCCCAAGCUGACGGGAAGCAAGCGACGCCGCCAACUGGCACCGCAAAAGAAUCGUCGCGCCGUCGACAACGUGCCCUUCUUCGAGGAGAGCGACCUGGUCCGACUCGAGGUCUGCUGCGGCGUGGUGUUCCAGAGCCUGUCCCUCGGCAGCGCCUGCUACAUCAUCGAUCCGGAGCUGUAUCAGCCCUGCGAGAAGCACCAGCGUCUGCGGCAGCAGCAAUUGCAGUUGCAGCUUCAGCAUCAGAAUCAAGAAGCAUCAUCCGAAAGCGAAGCAUCAUCCAUCCCAGCAUCCCAGCUGCAGGUUGAGAGCCAAAAGCAACCGACGGCCAAGAUGGGGCCACUCAAGAAACACCAUUUGUUCUUCAAGCGACAAUCGGAGUCAUUUCCACAGGGUGAUAUCCAUAGAAUAAGUCCAAUUCCAUUGAGCAAGACUGAUGCGAAUAACGAAGCACCACCACCGAAGCCACAUUCCUCCAAUCUGUCGCUGGUGCUCAAGUCGACGACGGCGACUGGUUCGACUUCGACUGGUUCGGCGGUUGGUGUUGUAUCCGUGGGUGCCGCCUCGCCCUCAUCACUCUCCUCCAACUCGAACUGCUCCACCUCGUCCUCGGUGGCCACGAAAUUCAAUGACAACUCAUCGGACUCUGGGUUCGAUGAGCAUGUCCUGGAGCGCAAGUCCGUCAGCCCCCCAUCGCAGGAGGAGUGGAAGCUGCGCGGAGCCAGUGGAGGUGGCAUGCAACUGAUCCUGGCCAGCGGCUUGCCCAUUUCGGGGCAGGCACAGAAUCUGGUACUGGCCGGGAACGAGUUCACCGCCCGUAUCGUCCAGCAGAGACAGCAGGCGCCGGGAGAAGCAACUGGAACUACCACCGGAACAGCUCUCAAAAUCAAUGUCCUUGGCGGAUCUCAGGGGAAUAGCAAUAAAAUGCGUGCAAUAUUUAAUAGCGCCAAUAGCAUUCAGCACGAGAACGGGGUGACCACCAUACUGCCGGCAUCCUCGCUGGCGGCCAGCAACCAGACAGCCGCCAUGAACGCCAUUGCGCCCAGCACGGUGACCAUAACGCCGUCAUCCGUCGGCAAAAAGGUGGCCGGCUUGGGGAAUCCAAAGUUCAUUCUACUGAAGCCGGCAAAAAUAACGACAGUGCCACCGCCUCCACCGCCAGAAGCCAAAAUUGCCUAAAAAUUGGGAGAUGGGGCGAUUCAAAUAGAAAGAGAUAGAGGGCGAUGGAGCGAAAGAGAAAGAGAAGCCAAGCAUCUCGAAAAAGUUUUUUAAAAAAUAUGAAAAUCGAAAGAGGAACGGUCGGUCACCCUGUUACGUUUUGUUGAUUUAUUUAAGCCAGUCCUUAAUUAUAUAUUUUUUUUAUUUGUUUUUAUUUUCAUUUUUUUUUUAAAUCAACUCUCUUGGCUCCCCAAUAAUUUAUUCUAAAAAAACAAAAACAAACAAAAAAUUGUAAAUACAAAAAUUAAUGCAAUUUUAAUCGCAAUCCAUUUUAAUUGAUUUAAAAUUUGAUUUAUAAUUUUAAUUCCUACAAAGCGACGUUAAUUUGUAAGAAUACUCAGCCACAGCAGCUCCAUAUCAUUUUUAAUUGUAAUAUUUAAACAAAAAAAAAAAAGAAAAACAAACUUGAACACCUUACUUGUAGCUUUUAGACUAUUAUAGAUGUACAUACGAUGUAAGCCAGAGCUCAAUUGACUUGUUUUUGUCUAGUUGUAGUCACUUAAGCAUUUUCUAUCCACCCAUCAUCAUAAAAUACAAACAUUUCCAUGUUUAGCAGGAUGAGAAAUAAGGAUGAGCAUUUUUAAAACGUUUAAUUAUAGUUUGUAGUUGGACGUGUAGUAGUGCAGUGCCCUAGUAGUCUGUAGUUGAAUCACAAAGCCCGCUCUUCCCUCCAGAACUCACCGUCUGGACCACAGAGAGAUCGCGCCAAAAACCACAAUUGCAUUGAAAAUAAGGGGGGGAGCGACUAAAAACCAGCCUUCCACAAAAAAUAUACAUAAAAAUAUAAUUUAACGAGGAGGAAAUACAAAUUGUAGCCUUAGGAAUGCCUAAAACAAAAGAACCCCUUAAUUGUGUGUUGAAAGAGCAAUGUUUUUUAAACUUAAAUAAAAGUAAAAUUUUGAAAAUAAA